AUGUUGAAGACCAAUUCAUCAUCAAUGGCUUCUUCCAAAUCUGUUUCUUCUUCCUGUUCCUCUGUUCCAAAAUCCCUUUACCAAGAAAAUGAGAAAUUGGAUUAUGAUUAUGUUAGUUCAUUAGUCACUACAAUCAAUCAACACAUUGAUGCAUUACUUGCAAAUGCAAAAGCAUGGAUGUCUUUGAAGCUGAAGUGCAUUUCCAAGCUCAAUGUUGAAAAACAGCAAUCAUGUUUUGAGUUCUCGGAGUACUCAAUAGUGUCAAACUUGUACUGGGGUAUUGAGUCCAUUGAUAAUGCAACACAAGCCAAAAUCCCAGAAGAAGAAAGAGCCUUAAAGUUGUUGAAUUCAGAGAAAAUGCUUCAAGUUCCUGCUUCAUUACAUGAGCAAGGACUAACUUCUGGAAUUCCCAAUGAGUAUUUGGUCUGUUGCUCCUAUUUUUACUUGUCGGUUGUUAGGAACCUUCAGAGGGAUGAUUGGCAGGUUGCAUUGCAUUUUCUUCAAGCUCUUGUGGUGUCUCCUAGACUUGUGCAAGAAGAUUUUGCACCAGAACUCUGCAAAAUCAUGCUUCAUUCGUACGUUAGGCGAAAAAGGAUGGAUCUUGAUCAUAGGAAUGAGGAUACUGAAGUUGUUAUGGGAGCAAUGGCCAGGGAGUACAAAGCUUGGUUGUUAUAUUAUCAGAUCAUGUCUGAUGGGGAGCGUAAUUCGAAGCAAGUUGAUGAAAGAUUUUCCAAGAUUGUCGUGAGUAAGGCAAGUGUCUUCAGGAGUACUAAAGGAAAUACCCAAGUGACUAAUCUGCAGGGCAGUUAUGCAGAAACCACCAGAAGUUCAAGUAUCAGAUACCUAAAAGAUAUAUUGCUCGAAUCAUCUUCGGACAUAGGUUCAUCCAACAGCAACUCUACAGAAACUGUUUUUGAGGAAACUCAAAGAGAAUCGAAAGUGUCGAUGAAACUCAGAAACAGAUGUGCAGAAGAUGUGCAAGCUCAAAUUGUUGAUCAGAACCAGCCGGGAUCUCUCUUCAAGUCCAAUAUUCAUCAAGAUAAAAAAGCAUGUAGACAGAAAGACCACAAAAAUGACAAGGGGUUGAUGGUUAUGGAUCUCUUUUCCAGAACACAAUCUGAUUCAUUCAGGCAUACAGACAUAUCGGCGCUAGGACUACAUGAUUUGGAGGCGCAUUUCCUAGCAGACGGAAAUCCAGAAAAGGAUUCUACUCUAGGGAGGCUAGAGUUGCAUGAUUACCAACAAUCUGAUAUCAAGCAGCUCCAUCAGCUGCAUCGCACGCGAAGUUUAGCUACGGAUGUGAGGUUGACAAGCGCGAGUUUCCAGGAUAGUUUAUAUAAAGUUCAAAGAUUCCCUGAAGAAACUUCUCAGAUUGAACAAGUACAAAUACUAGAAAAGAUAAUCUCAAACCUUUGCUUCUCAGAAACAUUGGGAAAUGUUGAGGAAGAUUACACCAUCGAGAUUUCAACUGUGUAUAAGUUGUUGAACAACAGAAGAGGGCUUAAGUAUUCUCUACUCAAGGACAUCAUUGUAGAUCAGUUGCUCAUGGCUAUCUCAAAAUCGGAAAAGGAGCAAGUAAUAAGGGCUUCAGUGACAAUACUUUCAACAAUCAUUUCAUGGAACAAACCAAUCAUAGAGGACAUUAAGAGGAAGGGGCUUCAGUUGUAUGAUCUGGCCAGUGCACUUAGAAGAAAUGUGCAUGAGGCAUCUGUUUUGAUCUAUUUGAUAAAUCCUCCACCAGAAGAGAUAAAGAUGUUGGAAAUUUUACCUUGUUUGGUGGACGUUGUGUGCACUUCCAACAGCUACAAGUAUGCCAUAACAUCGCUUUUGCUGACGCCUCGUGCAGCAUCUUUGAUGAUCAUUGAAGUAUUAGUGACUGCGUUUGACUGCAGGACAAAUAACAUGCACCUCUCCAUAAUCAGUUCACCUAGAGUUCUUUCCGGGUUACUUGAUAUCCCCGGAAACGAUAACCUUGAAGAAUUCAUAUCCUUGGCCUCCAUCCUUGUAAGGUGCAUGCGUUUCGAUGGACAAUGCAGGAGAUUCAUCACUGAGUUUGCUCCAGUUUCUGAGUUUAUCUCUCUAAUAAGAAGCAACCAGAAACGAGCAUCAUCGACUGCAUUGGAAUUUCUGCAUGAACUGCUCCAAAUGCCAAGAUCAAAUGCCAUCAAACUACUGAAAGAGAUACGAAAAUCUGGAAGCGGCCAAAUGAUGAGUGCAUUGUUACUACUGAUCCAGAAUUCUCAACCUGAGCACAGACUUUUAGCAGCAAGUUUGCUGCUCCAAUUAGACAUGCUGGAUGAAGAUUCCGGAAAGCUUAUGUAUCAAGAAGAAGCAGUAAAGAUACUGAUUGAAUCGCUGGCGUGCGAAGAUAAUUCUUCCUUACAAGCUUUAUCAGCAUCCAUCCUAUCAAACAUUGGUGGAACUUAUUCUUGGACAGGAGAACCUUAUACAGUCGCAUGGCUGACAAAGAAAGCUGGUUUAACCUCACUACAUCACAAGAACAUGAUAAAGAAAUAUGACUUCGCGGAUGAAAGUUUGCUGGAUGCAGGUGUAGACAAAUGGUGCGGGAAACUGGCAAGAUGUGUCAUGAAGUUUGGGAUUCCUGUCUUCCAUGAUCUGGUUAAGGGACUUAACAACAAGUCAAAGAGAAUUUCUCGAGACUGCCUGACAACUAUUGCAUGGAUUGGUUGUGAAGUAGCAAAGAGUUCUGAAAGUUUGCGAUAUGGUGCGUGCGAGAUUUUGUUAAGCAGCAUCGAGCAAUACGUGCAUCCUGGAAUCGAUCUUGAAGAAAGAUUGUUGGCUUGUUUAUGUAUAUACAACUACACAUUGGGUAGAGGGAUGAAAAAACUGAUUCAUUUUUCAGAAGGUGUAAAAGAAUCUCUGAGGCGUCUAGCAAGUGUUACCUGGAUGGCCGAAGAAUUACUAAAAGUAGCUGACUAUUUCCAGCCAAAUAAAUGGACGUUAGAGAUAGUUCAUAGCAACAAUGGAGCUGUUACUGCUCUAAUCUACUACAAGGGACUGCUUUGCAGUGGAUAUGCAGAUGGUUCAAUAAAGAUGUGGGACAUCAAGGGACACACUGCAACUGUGGUACAGGAAAUGAAAAAUCACAAUAAAGCCGUGACAUGCUUUUCGCUUCUUGAACCAGGGAACUGCCUCCUGAGUGGAUCUGCUGACAAAACUAUUAAGAUUUGGCAAAUGGUUCAACAGCAUCUGGAAUGCAUUGAAGUCAUUUCAACAAAUAGCUCAAUAGAUAGAUUGGAUACAUAUGGAGAACUGAUCUUUAUGAUUAGCCGAGGUCACAAAAUGAAGGUGUUUGAUGCCUCAAGAAAUGCCAAAGAUGUAUUCAAGCAUAAACGUGUGAAGACCAUGAAAGUCACGCAGGGAAAAGUUUACGCGGGCUGCAUGGAUUCGAGUAUACAGGAAUUGGCUAUUGCAACUGGCCGGGAGCAAGAGAUCAGAGCACCAGCAAAGAUGUGGAUGAUGCAGAAUAAGCCCAUAAACUCGCUUGCUAGUUACAAAGAGUGGCUCUAUGGAGCAAGUGUAGUAGUUGAAGGUUCAAAGAUUAAGGAUUGGAGAAGAAACAUUAAGCCUCAAGUUUCGGUAACUUGUGACAAGGGUGCAAACGUGUUAGCCAUGGAAGUAGUGGAAGAUUUCAUAUACAUAAACUCAGCUGCAUCAAGAAGUACCCUUCAGAUUUGGUUGAGAGGAACAAUGCAUAAAGUGGGAAGAUUGUCAGCUGGGAGCAAAGUAACAAGUCUACUAGGUGCCAAUGACAUGAUUCUAUGUGGUACUGAGACAGGACUUAUUAAGGGCUGGAUUCCAUUGUAG